ACAGAAGUGAAUAGAAUGUAUAAUUUCCGUUGUUUUUCCUUGUGCAGGGAAGUGACAGCACAGCUGCGUGAGGAGAUUAGGAACCUCCAGGAGUCCUUAACCAGCAGUUCACGACGAGCACAUGAAGCAGAGGUAAAGUACCUUUGCACCAAGAAGGACCUGGUGGAGGCACAUCUCACAAGGACAAUUACCCGCUUGACUGAGGAAGCGAGUCUGAUGCGUCUCCUGCACCAGACGGCAUCUGAUGAAACAAAGCCAGACCGAGCCACUCUCUCCCGAUCCAUCGUGGCCUGGGAUGACAGCAUUAAGAGCUUGCGGGACAGGAAAACGCAUCUUCCUGGAAGAAGCUGUGAGAGUCUUGGGAAUGGUUAAUCAGGGACGUCCCCUUAAUGCCUUACCUCUUGGGGACCUUGAUGUACCAGCCAUUCCGGAUAUGAGUGUGGCACCCCUCCUCAUG